CAUGAGUAGUCGGUGCUAGUAAUAGUAGUAACAACAACGAUUGUGCCGAUUACACCGACGAGGCGCGUACUAGCGCUAAUUCAUAAAUGAACGAAAACAUUUUUUAACCGCAGUUUUUAGUGAUUUUGAAUUCGUCUGAUUUUCGCAAUAUCAUCAAAAACCACUACUGUUUAAAAGACUGAUCACUGACAGACGACAAUGGCAAUAUUAGCGUUGCUGUCGGCUUUGGCCGGCUUCAUUAAGGUGCGUUACCUGGUAGACAAGGCCAACAUAGACAAUUUCGUGUUCCGAGCUCACUACAGGUUGACAACAGCGAUAUUGUUUGCCUGUUGCAUAUUGGUCACGGCGAGUAAUUUAAUCGGUGAUCCAAUUUCAUGUAUAACAGAUGGUGCUAUUCCUGAACACGUCAUUAAUACUUUUUGCUGGAUUACCCAUACAUUUACAUUGCCAGACGAACUUGGAAAAGGUAUAGGAACACAUGUAGCCCACCCUGGUGUAUCAAGCUAUGUAGACAAACAAAAUAAAGUGCGGUACCACUCAUAUUACCAAUGGGUACCGUUUAUGUUGUUUUUCCAAGGUAUCCUCUUUUAUGUACCACAUUGGCUGUGGAAAAACUGGGAAGAAGGUAAAAUUCGUUUGAUUACUGAUGGUGUUCGUGGCACUACGAUUGGACACACCGAAGAAAGACAAAAUCGUCAAAAACAAUUAGUGCAAUAUCUAAUUGACACUUUACACAUGCAUAAUGUAUAUGCAUCCGGUUAUUUCUUGUGUGAGAUUUUCAACUUAUUAAAUGUGAUUGGAAAUAUGUUCCUGAUUGAUAGUUUCUUAGGUGGGGAGUUCUUUACUUAUGGAACAAAAGUCUUAGAGCUUAGUAAUAUGGACCAAGAAAAUCGAUAUGAUCCCAUGGUUGCAGUUUUUCCAAGAGUCACUAAGUGUACAUUCCAUAAGUUUGGUCCUUCUGGUACUAUUCAAGCCCAUGAUGCUCUCUGUGUAUUGGCUUUGAAUAUUUUGAAUGAAAAAAUUUACAUCUUUCUGUGGUUUUGGUUCAUUAUGCUAACUAUUAUGUCAGGUUUUGCAUUAGCAUACAGUAUUGCUGUUAUAACUCUACCUUCAAUCAGAGAAACAAUAUUAAUCCGUCGUUUCAAAUUUGGUACUCCUCAAACUGUAUCAGCACUUAUAAGAAAAACACAGGUUGGUGAUUUCUUGCUACUGCAUUUGUUAGGCCAGAAUAUGAAUAUGUUACAAUUUACCGAUGUUUUAAAUGAGCUUAGUGAGCGUUUACACCUUGGCAAUAAUUUACCAACGGCUCCUUCAACAUUAGAGCUGUCUCCUAUCUAUCCUUCGGAUAAAUUAAGACUUCAUAAAGAAACAGAAGCAUAAUCAUAAAAACCUUAAACAAAUGUUUCUUAUUUUUCCUUGAUAAACAUUUUGUAAUUGACAUUAUUGAAAUCUCCUAGUUGUGUGUUCAUCAAAAUUCUUCAUAUAAUAAUUUAUGCAACAUUCCAUUUAUAUUAGAUAUUAUUGAACGUACAUAAUUAAUGUAUCAAUAAUUGUUUUUGUUUUUAAACAUAGAGUAAUUCAUUAGUUUCAAUGUGGAUUUGUUAAUUUAACAAUAAGUUAUAAACAAUUGACCUUGUUCAUAAACAAUUUUAUGAUAGUAAAAUAUGUAAAUAUACUAAAAUUUAAAUUGUAUGUUUUUUUAAUUUUUAUAUUUGAAACCUGUAAGU